CUCUUCAUUAAAUACCUCCCAAGAGAACUGAAAUAACUAUUACCACUCCAUUUCCAAAUAUUUACACCUAUACCCUUCCGCCUGCCAUUUUAGUUUUUUUUUUUGUUUUACUUUCUUUUCCUUUACUUUCUCUUUUCAUCAAUUUCUUAGCUUUCAUCAAAAAUAAUGGCGAGAGGUACUUCUCAGUCUCAAAGCUCCUCCUCCACCACUUCCCGUCCAGGAGUCGUCGCUCCACGCGGCUCCGCCGCUGCCACAGCCGGCAUGCGAAGACGCCGUCUCGGAUCCUCCGCCGCUGGUUCCGGAUCCGCUUCCGCAGGUGGAAUCAGCACCGGUAGCUCUAAUAUGCUCCGAUUCUACACCGAUGAUGCGCCUGGACUCAAGAUCUCACCUACUGUUGUUCUCGUUAUGAGUCUCUGCUUCAUCGGAUUUGUCACCGCUCUUCACGUGUUUGGUAAGCUCUACCGCAGUAAGGUGGCUCCCGGAGCCUAAUAAUUCGGGUUCCCGAAACCCGAACCGGAUAUGCUCUCUCUGUUUCAGAUCGUUGACCGGUAACUGUUAGGCGCUUUUUUUUUUGUUUCUUCUCCGUGUUGCUAUGUAAACACUAGCGAGAUCUUGAUGAGUAAUUUAUUGUUAAAUGGAAUCUUUUUUUUAUUUCAAAUUGGUUUAAUAA